AAGAAAUCAGCGGCUGAAUGUUGCACAGUUACCCGGGACUCGGAGAUAACAUGCUGGAAUACAAACCCAUGGACUCAUUUACGGCUUAAAUCCGCUGCCAGUCUAUUCAGAGAGAGAUGUAACAGCUUUAAGCGCUUUAGCGCAGAUUCCAAACAAUCCAAUUGGAGUUUCCAGUCGCUAACAGUGGGAAUGUGAUGUGUAAAAUAAGUGUGUUCUCCAACCAGGAUCUGAUAUCAGUUCCCCUUUUGACCUCUUUGGAACUGAUUCCAGUAUGGCCUUGCAGUAUGACCCCAAAUAUCCCUAAAAUAGUCGAUGACGGGCUGUAAACAUCACGUCUGAUUACCAAAGAUACCUGGAACAAUCUUCAAACGCAGUAACCAUGGCAACCAAAUGUAAAGUCCAAUGGAAAAUAUCAGUGGAAAGCACAAACUCUGUCUGGCUCUCAUUUUGGAGCAUAUGGAUUUUUUUGGCUGGAGUUUUACAAUCAACCAUGGCGAGUGAGGAUGAUGUUACAGCGCGCAUAAGUUUCACAUACAAUGCAGAAGGGCGAUCAGUGAGCGAGUUCUCUGUGAAUGGUGUGCUCAACUAUUCAGCUCUUCUGCUGAGCCCAGAUGAAAACAAGAUCUAUGUGGGAGCCAGAGAGAACAUAUUCUCCCUCAGCCUGGACAACAUCAGCGUGACGCACCUACAGAAAACACUCACGUGGAGCACUCCUGAAACAAAGAGGGGAGAGUGUAUCUUUAAGGGAAAAGACCCCCAGACUGAUUGUUUCAACUACAUCAAGAUUUUACUGCGUCUGAACAGCACACAUCUGUUUGUGUGUGGAACGUAUGCAUUCAGCCCUAUCUGCACUUACAUUAACAUUUCAAGUUUUUCACUGGAAGCAGAUGAUAAGGGUGAACCCAUUAUGGAGGACGGCCGUGGACGCUGUCCAUUUAAUCCAGAAUACAGAUCUACAGCUAUUACAGUGGAUGGGGAACUGUACACUGCUACUGUCAGUAACUUCCAAGGAAAUGAACCCACCAUAUAUAGGAGUCUGGGGUCUGGCACCCCUCUGAAAACGGAGAACUCUCUCAACUGGCUCCAGGACCCAGCGUUUGUAGGUUCUGCUCACAUUACUGGUUCGGACAGCGAGAGGAGUGAUGAUCAGAUCUACUUUUUCUUCAGUGAGACGGGGAAGGAGUUUGACUUCUUUGAUAACACCAUAGUGUCCAGGAUUGCACGUGUGUGUAAGGAGGAUCAAGGUGGAGAGAGAGUCCUGCAGAAGAAAUGGACCACAUUUCUGAAAGCUCAACUUUUGUGUUCGUUACCAGAUGAUGGCUUUCCUUUCAACAUCAUACAGGAUGUAUAUGUACUUCCAGCCAAAAGCAAGAAAAACACACUCCUUUAUGCAGUCUUUGCUUCUCAAUGGAGUAAAGGUCUUGCAGGCAGUUCUGCAGUGUGUGUGUUCAGCAUGGAUCAGGUGGAUCGAGCCUUUACUGGCCGUUACAAAGAGGUGAAUCGAGAGACUCAGCAGUGGUACACAUACACUCAAUCUGUACCUGAACCACGACCAGGAAUGUGUAUUACUAAUAGCUCAAGGCAGCUGGGAAUAGACUCGUCUCUGGAUAUGCCAGAUAAGGUACUAAACUUUGUGAAGGACCACUUCCUGAUGGACCGUCCUGUCAGAAGUCAGCCUGUGCUCUUUACACACACUGUGCACUACACGCAAAUCGCUGUGCACCACGUGAAGGGCCUCCACAUAGCUUAUGACGUGAUGUUUAUCGGCACAGCUGAUGGACAUCUGCAGAAGGCUGUGAAUGUAGCUGGUAUGAUGCACAUCAUUGAGGAGAUCCAGCUAUUCCCAGAACAACAACCAAUACAGCAAAUAGAGCUGGAUUCAGCUAAGGGUCUAUUAUUUGUGUCGUCACACUCUGGCAUUGUUCAGCUGCCAGUAGCAAACUGCAGUUUCCAUAACAACUGUGGCGAGUGUGUUUUGGCCAGAGACCCAUACUGUGCUUGGACAGGCACACACUGUACUGACGUCACGCAUGUCCCACCACAAAGCCAAUGGCAACAAGAUAUUGAGGAAGCAGACACUUCAAAAUGCAACAGCACCAUGCUCAGAGUGGACUCUGGGAGCUCAGUAUCACCGCGUUCUUUCCCAAAUUCCCAAACAUCUGAUUGCGAGCUCAUCGUCAUCCCAGCAAACACUCUUCAACUUCUACCCUGCAACCUUCGCUCCAACCAUGCCCACAGAAAAUGGCUAUACAAACCAAACGUGAGUCACUUUCUGUUCCCCAGCACAGACGGUGGAUUGGUAGUCAGCGGCCGAGCUGGCAGCGACGAGGUCUUCUCAUGUUGGUCAGAAGAACGUGGCUUUUGGCAACUCUUGGCCAAUUACUGCGUGAAGGCCGAACUAUUAUCUGAAACCACAACCAAAAUCGGCCGCAAGGAAGCACCAUUUUUAAUCCAAAGCAUAGCAUCAGACAUCCUGUCUGAGGAAUCCGAAGCACACUCCGCUCAACAUCGCAUAAAGACGUACGGCACAGAACUGGCGGUGGUGUGCGUGUUAUUAGCGGUAUGUGUGCUUUCGUUUGGGCUUUCAGUAGUGUAUCGACACAGAGGUCGGAUGAAGGAGGUGCUCAGAGGAGGAGAGCAACCUGGCGGAGCCCAGAAGAGCACAGUCCACCCUGGGGAGAGCUUACCUCUCAAUGCUGGUGCACCUCCAACCUCGCCAUCCGAACACAAAAGCUACCAGACCUUGGGGGAAAGCUGUAGUUACAUAAUCGCUCCGGCAGAGACAAACACACCGCAGAAAUCAGAGGAAACACAGAUACUCAAGCCAGCACCACAGAAUGGCUAUAAAGAGAGUCAUGUGGAGGUCAGUGACAUUAGCCCUCGUCCCCGGGUACGGCUGGGCUCUGAGAUUAGAGACUCUGUGGUGUAAAAUACUGCAUAUACAAACUGAAACUCUUAAUGUUCACUCGGUACAGUCAAUGGGCAGCUUUUGGGAAGACUAAGCAUACUGAGCCUGAGGAAAAAGAGGUGGGACGUGCUCGGUGUGUGUAUUGCCACAUUUUAGUUUGAGACAAUGCCCUGAAAUCUACUCUCACAUCUCUGUUUUUAGCUUUUAAAUGUUAUGACACAGUUUAUUGUGUUGAUAUGAAAAAAAAGAUUGUCGAAAGAUUUGAGAUGUGGAUGAGAUAAGACUAGAGUAGAUGAUGACCAGGAGAGGUGGCCAAUGAGCUUUGUGUUGUAUGACUGCUAUCGGUGCUAUAAUCACUGCCAAGACAAAGAGUGAUGAAGCUUCACUCAAGAUGGAAAAAAACUGCUUUAAAUGACUAUUUCUGUUCCUUUGACAUUUUAGGUAAAGGUUCAAGUUAUUCAUGUUUAAUGAGGGUACUUUAAUCUUAAAAGUUGACUAUGACUGUGAACAUCAGGCAGUUCAAGCCAGACACACUAUUAGUGCUACAGAAUUUGGGUACUUUUUAAAAUGUAUUGUUUUGUUUUGGUCAGUUUUUCAUUUUUUUUAAGCUUUGAUUUCUUUGGGUUUCUAUUGUCAGAUCUGUUGGUUUAAAGGGAUAGUUCACUCAAAAGUAAAUCUGCCUUCAUUCACUCGCUUGUGAAAACUGUUUGUUUCUACUGUUGAACACAAAAGAGGAUACUUUGAAGAAUGCUGUUUGAUGAUAACCAUUAGUUAUGUUUCCAUCUAAAGAUGCGAAUUAAAUUCCUGUGCAAAACCGGAAUAUCGCGUAAAAGACGUGCAAAUAAAGUAGCGUUUCCUCCCAAGUAUUCAAAGAGAACAAAAUCGUCACUUCCUGAUUAACUGGCAGCAGUUAUCAAAAGUAAAAAUGAAAUUUGGUGUGGUAGGAGAAGCUGCGUCAUUUUUUUUUUUCAUUUAACUAAUGACUUGCGCCUCAGAAGACAAUGCCGACACCCAAUGAACGCGUGGUGGUGUUUGAAGGCGUCAGACCCGGAGCACAGGCACUCUUGACAGUUCUGGAGGUCAUUAAUAAUAUAAUAACACUAAUACUAAAACUGUAAAGGCAUUUUAGAAUAACCAGAACAACAUUUCAGAUGUUUUACAAAGUACUCAGCCUGCUGGUUUGUCCAUUCAUACACAUUUUUAUCAUCACAUGAUCUCUUAUGACAAAAUCACAUAACUUUUUUUAAUGCGCAUACUGGAACUUGUUUGGUAAAAGUGUUUCUAUUGUGAUUUAUGUGCAUCUUUUCUUAGCGAAUAAAAAGUUAUUCCCACUCUUACAAUUUUUUAUGUGCAAUUUCAAAUUUGAUGUGCAUCUUGGCGUUUCCAUCAACCGAUAUUUUUCAUGUAUUUGUUUUUGAUGUGCAUCUCCAAAAUGUGCAUAAAAAUAGGUGGAUGGAAACGUAGCUAUUGACUGCCAAAGUAUUUUUUUAAACUAUGGAAGUCAAUGUGUUCCAUUAUUUAACAUUUCUCAAAAUAUCUUCACUUGUGUUCAACAGAAGAAAAAAUAACUCAAUAAGUAAAUGGUGGGGUCAUUUUAUUUUUGUUCUAUACCGGAGGAAUUUCACUAUGAUUGAUCUAGGUUUUGCAUUUGUUCCGGGUUUCGGCACGAGCACCUGGUGGGCUCUUUCCACAUACAGUUCCGUAUCUGGAGGAAAAUCCAAGGUGUCCUGCAACAGUUGUUCUACGAAGUCAACCAUGGAGUUUCUCUCUGCAUCUUCAGGCAUGUUGUAUAUCCAUAUAUCGUCUCUUCUUGAUCUGCCUUCUUGAUCAAUCUGUUUGCUUACCAAUUGUGAUUGUAGUUUGAUGAUUUUCUACAUUGUUUCCUUUACACUUUGCAUUCGAAUUUCAAUUUCUUCAAUGCGUUCCUCUGCGUGGCCGAUCCUUUGAUUAGUCUUAUUUAAUUCGGUCUUGAUUUCAUGUAAAUGGUGGUUGUUCUCCUUCCGAAAGUUUUGAGUUUCCUCCAGUAUUCGUUCCAGAUUGUUCUGCAUGUUGUCCGGGUUACUGGACUGUUGACGAUUAGCAUCGUGUUGCUGUGCUAAUGCAUGGGUUUUCCUGCUCUUUUCUCUCGUUUCCAUUGUUGUCCCACUCUUAUAGAUUAUUUUAUAACAGUUUUGGGUAUUUGUCAAAUUUAAGUGUGGUUAUUAAUAUAGUCGUUGGAGGAGAUGACGCACUAUGCUGCCAUUCCCGGAACCGGAAGCGUCAUUUUCACUUUUGGAUGAACUAUCCCUUUAGGUAAAGUGCCUGGUGUUUAGUAAAUCAUGGUAUGAUAAUGGUACGAACAAACAGACAUUUGCUUUUUGAUAAAAUGUAGCGUGUAUGACCAGUAAGAAAUAAUGUUUCUUAAUACGUUUGAAUGUGCAUUUGAAGAGUUAUAUGGAAAUGUAAAGCACAAAUAUGACAUUUUGCCUGAAUACACACACAAGGUUGGUGGCUUUUGUGUUCGAUACAGCAUAUAGUGCAGUGGAUGGAGUCUAAAGAGCAAGAAACAAGGCCUUACGGUACUAUAAUACAAAGUUGAACCACUGUCAACCUACACAAUGUGGGUAAAAAUCAACCAUGGUGGUUAACACAUGUCAGCUCUCUACACUGAAAAAAAUGAUGUCUGCAAAACUGUUGCAAACAAUUUAAUUGGGUUGAAUUUAAACAAACAAAUUAAAUUAAGUAAUGUUCAACUUAAUCCGUUUGUUUAAAUUUAGCCCAAAUAAAUUGUUCACAACCCCUUAACUUAAAAAAAAUUAGUAAAUCCGAGGAAUCAUCUUUGAAUCCUUUUUUUCAGUGUAGCUGAUUUAAGUUUCAAUUAACAAAUUAUGCAUAGAAAGAAGAAGAAUAUAGCAGCAAAUAUACAUUUUAAAUAUAUUUAAAUAUAAAAAGUGAUAAUUACAAUUUGGUUUGUUUUAGUUUUGGCUAGUGGUUCUGAAUAGCUGAUAACGGAGCUAAAAAGUUACAACUCUAAAUACAGUAAAGUAAAAUUACAGAAUCAAUGGUUUCACUGUUAUAUUGUAAAGGUAUUUCAAGAGAAACUACAAUGUUGAGAUAUAAAUGUACAAUACAGCAUGUACACAGAAAACAUGUCAUUAAUAAUACACUGAAAAAAGCUCUGAAACAAGUAGGACAAUUGUGAAAACAUAUUCUUUUGCAAUCUGUGUUGGGGGACAGAACAUUACAUGGUAUGUUCACUAAUGGGUCAUGCAGACUUCAAACACACCCAUGCACUAACUUCACUAUUCUAGACUUCCAUUCCUCUUGGAAAACUCUUUUUAAUCCAAAUGAACCGUGACAUGUUUGAUGUUGUUUAAUCACGUGUUACAUUCCACUGCUUUCAGCUUGUGUGUGGUUUGAAUGGAAAAUGUAAAGUAGAUUGUGAUCUUUUUUAUAUACUUUGACACUGUUUUACUGUUGUUUUACAUUGUACAUUCACGCACUUUAAAUUUUUGUACCAGUAUUUGUAAGCUGUAACUGAGGUAGGCAACUUUCAACAUCCUGGUUUAGUCAUCAAAGCCUUGUAGCUACAUUAAUUAUGAGAUGAGUGUCUCCACUGUUGGACAUGCAAAAUUAAAUUUUGCAAUAUACAGAA